AUGCCUCUGAAUACAGAAUUGACAGAUCUGUUAGACGAUUAUCUUUCUCAAGAAAAAUUGAUUUCUUUAACAGGAGUCACAGAUCUUAAUUGUGUCAAGUUCUUGGAAAUACAAGUAGAUAGCAGAAGCAUUGGACUUGGCCAACUAGGAAAGUUUGUUCCGAAUAUAGAGCAGCUCAAGUUGAACAAUAGCCAUGUUGAAUGCAUUAGGUAUUCAUCUUGUAUUGUCAUAGCAAACCAAAGUUUCACUAAAUCUAUACACAGAGACUUGGGUACAGGGUUUACCAAUCUGCGAGUUUUAUGGAUGCCACGAUGUGAGCUUGCGUUUAUCGACGGAAUUGGAUCGCUACGCUCACUUAAGGAAUUGUAUCUAGCAUAUAACCGCAUUACAGAUAUAAGUAGUAUUGGUAUGCUAGAGGAAUUGGAAAUUUUGGAUCUAGAAAGUAAUCUUAUAUCGGAUCUUGAACAGAUAGAGCAUCUUGCAGUAUGUCCAAAUCUUGAGGAGCUGAGUUUGCAGGGAAAUCCUUUGGAUCUUUUUCAAAAAGUAUUGAAUAAGAACAUGGAUGAUCCCAAAGGAAAAUUCAUAGAUACUAUUCAGGCUUAUAGAGAAAUUAUUGGAAAGACUAUCCCUCAGCUUAAAAUACUUGAUGAUUAUAGUAUUGGAGAGCUGCAUGUUCAAUACGAAACCAACUUUAACAUUAACACAGGUAUAAGCACUGUUUUAACGGGAAAUCCUAUUAUGCUUCUUCGUGCUCGACGUAAAGAUCGGCCACGGUCUACAUCGACAUCAAAUUAUUCAGCUGCUUUUGAGGAUGCAUCAUUUACGGUGGAUCAUCCUUCUAGUCCAUCAACUUCUUGUACAGAAUGUGUUGAAAAAAGGAUACCUUUGGUCGGCAUGAAUAUUGUUGAAUUGCCAACACUGUCGAAUUCAGAAAACAAAAAUGCGACAUUACUAAAUAGUCAAAUGCCGACAGCAAAUUUAUUAUUGUCUGCUACUUCCAAUACACUUUCUCAAAUUGUCUUUACAGAAAAAACAGAGUUAAAUAGUAAAUGUCCUAAUGGAACAAAUGCUGGGACUGCAUCAGUUCCAACUCCACCCACUAGCGCGCCUAAACAUCAGAUUGAUAUAGGCAGAUCGCGUAGACGCAUCAACAUAUCAUCUGUUACAGCAAAAUAUAGACAGCAAGAGGAUGUUGGGGUCACGCUUGUUGAUGAUUUACGGCCACCACUCAAUCGAUAUCAUAUAUACUAA